GGUCUUUACUGACAAUAUUCUUUUAAAACUAGGAGCAGUUUGUUGCAAAAUGGUUGAUUGUGGUGGAAAAUGGUUUCUAAUUAUUCCACUGUUUUUAUUUUUUAUGGAAUGUUUAUGUAUUUAUAAUGGUUUAGAGUCAUCAGCUGAUUAGGAUCAUCCUCGCAUGGGCAGAUAUUAAAAUUUAGUCCAAUCAAAACAGCAUUGCCCUAAUCUUAUCUUUUUGUAUUUCAGCAAAUGCUGAUUAAACAGCAGGAUCGAAUCGAGGACCGGGUUCAGGACAUAGAAGAGCAGCUCUACAAACUAGAAUCUGACAAAUGUCUCAUGGAAGACAAAGUGCAGCACCUGAAGGAGGAGGUGCAGCUGCAGUAUCAGAAAAUGCAGCAGCUCUUGGAGGAGGAUCUGGGGAAGACCCUGGAGGUCCUGGAUAAAGCCCAUUCCAAGUUCUGCCAGGAGAACUCGGCGCAGGCCCUGCAGCUUCACCAGAAACAGCAAGAGGCUAAGAAACUGCUCAGCUCCAUCCAGAUGGUUUUCGAUAAGGCAGAGGACAUCGGUUUUAUGAAGAACACAAAAUCUGUGAAAAUACUAAUGGACAGGUCUCAGUCGUAUGUGGGCAGCACAUUGUCAUCGUACAAAGUGGGCAGCCUCAACUCCAAACUCUUUCUGUCUGAAAUCUCUAAAAGAGAGAAGAACCUCUGCAAGAUGCUGGAAGCUCCGUUCAGCGCUCCAGCAAACUUUUUCCAGAGUAUUCCGGCGUACCUUUGCGAGAAGCGCAGACACUCAGUGGCGUUCCCCGAAGGCAGCGGCAGUAGCCGAGCUGGCGCUAGCUUCAUGGACUCAUCCUCAUCAGGCCCUGCGGCUGCCAAGCAGCCGUGCCUGAGUCUCACUCAGGGCUCUGCCCCAGGCGAAGGUCAGUCCUCCCAGCAUGCUCUAGGGCCAUGUGGCUCCACCCAACACGUAGGAAGCAGCAGCUCAGCCUCCGGCUCUCAACCCUUACCGCACUCUGCCUCGGUGUUCCCGCACUCCCAUUACCCAAACGGCAGCUCCUCCCAGCUGCCCCAGUAUGGAGCGCGGAAGAUCCUGAUGUGCACGGUCGAUAACUGUUACUGCUCAGGGGUGCCCUCCGUGUCCAACCACCGCGGACAUCCACCCUACCCUCGAUCCAGCUCUUUCCCCUGGCCAGUGAGCUCGCAGGAGUACUCCCAUGCCCCUCUGCCCUCGGCCCCGGCCAUGUCCCAGUCUCUCCAGAGCUUGUCCAUGCGUGACUGGAUCGACGCCUCUCAGUCGCACAGGCACACUGACUUCUACAGCCUCUACGGCCAGUCUUCCACCAAGCAUUACGUCACCAGUUAACCCCUGCUCCAGUGACUGCUGCCAGUCACCAGAUGGGGCAUCCUUUUCCACUGAGAGAUGUCUUAAAGAGAUGCAUGUGGGGCAUUUUUAUACGCAGACCUCAUCAAUCAUUUAGAAUGAACUGCUGAAGUCCGAGAGCAGCGAAAAAGAAAGUUAAUAUCACAAAGUCAAGCAUAGCUUUGCACAUUAUUUAGGCACUAAUGGUGUUGUGAUUAUGUACGAUGAACGCAAGUUUCUCUUCUAAAAAAAUAACACUUGAUGCUUGCAAGAGAUGCAGAAAUGGAGGAUGUUGUCAUUUGUUGAAUCAUCAAUAAUGUUGCACUUUCUUUGUAAGACCCAAAUUUCGCAAUUACCAUUGACUCAUAAGGCGAAACGAUGGAAGUCAGCAGUAAAACCAUUAAGUUGGCUCUUAAUGAAACUUAAGAUGAUUUACUGUUGUGAGAAUUGAAGCCCAUGAUGUUUUAUUAACUUCACAUGGUUGUCGUUUGUUAGAACACCCAUGUGCAGUCUGUAUAGUUUCCCAGCCUUCCAUAUUUCAGCUUUCAUUUGGUUUAAAUUGGAGUCUGUGGUCAUUUUAUUUGUCACAAAUAGCACAAGCACAUGUUAAUUUGAACCGUUUUUAACCAACCCGGAAACUGGAACAGCACAGCAUUGUCAUCGCCGCCAUUGUUCGCCAUUUCGCUUGACCUUCCCUACUGAUUGCAGCUUUUUAAUGGAAAUGCCCUUCACCUCGGUUCGCAGUCCUCUCCUUAGGCUUCCAAAUUAACAGAGAAAGCACCUCCACCCACAGCCUUCAAUCUGGUCCCCAUCCAGACAGUGCUGUGUCUCUCUCACGCCCUUCAAAGCCACAGAAACACCCCCCUGUACAUCCUGUAUGUUAAAUGCAGGAUGCAUUGGUUUCGCAUUCUUUCGUUUACCCGUGGCCUCUCAUUAUAUCUGACUCUUCAGCGCAAAAAUGUCAGCCGAAGACGAAACGGCCUGUGUUCAGAGGGUCAUGGUGCACUUGAUGCCUCCGCAUUUACUGUCAAUGCUGUAAUUGUUCUUCCUUGUGUUUCAUGCCGUUUCCGGCUCCAAGCAACGGAGCCUCUGGCUUCCUGUUUGUUACUGAGUGCAUGUGGAAAAGAGUUUAUGAGCACUCGUAGAAAAAUAAUAAAACUGCUAGCAGUAAUAAAAUUACUUUUGAAACAGGGAUUACGUUUUUUUUGGUUUCUUUUUUUUAUUUAGUUUUUUUAGAUCUACUUAAGAGAAACAGCGACCAAUGAGCGUUAUGUAACUAACUGAAUUCUUGGGAUAAAAUGGAGGGAUUUUCUGUUGUAAAUAUUUUGUGAAAUGAAAAAGAAAGACUUGUAAUUUGGAAAGAUCCUUGUUCAAAUAAAUGCUAAUUUCAAGUUUA